CUUAAACCCUUCCUUCCAAAUUUCUCUCAGAAUCAAUGUCAACUUCCUGCAUUCAUAUUUAAAUCAAUUAUACAUUCAAUUGCUUCUGUUUGAGCUCAAUCGAUUUCAUCAAUGGGCAGUUUUGAUCCAGAAGAGCUGGAGAGGGGCGCCAAGGCGCUUAGGGAAAUCAAUAACUCUCCUCAUGCCAAACAGGUUUUUGAGGUUAUGAGGAAGCAGGAGCAGACGCGGCUGGCGGAGUUGGAAGCUGAGAAGGCUAAUUAUGAGGCUAUUCAAGCACAUGGCGAUAUUGAGAAGCAGCGAAUGUGGGCUGAAGAGCAAAGGAAUCUAUAUCAGCAGCAGGGGCAAGGUAAGGCACAAAUGAUGAGAUACGAAGAUGAAUUGACUCACAAAAGAAUGCAGACGGACAAUGAAGCUCAAAGACGCAAUAAUGUUGAGUUAGUCCAAAUGCAAGAGCAGUCAUCCUUAAGAAAAGAACAAGCAAGACGAGCUACUGAAGAACAGAUACAAGCUCAGCAAAGACAGACUGAGAAAGAGAGAGCUGAGAUAGAGCGGGAAACAAUAAGAGUGAAGGCUAUGGCUGAAGCAGAAGGACGUGCUCAUGAAGCAAAAUUGACUGAAGACCAUAAUAGGAGGAUGCUUCUGGAAAGAGUAAAUGGUGAAAGAGACAAGUGGCUUGCUGCAAUAAAUGCAACUUUCAGUCAUAUUGAAGGUGGCUUUAGGGUUCUGUUGACUGACAGAAGUAGGUUGGUCAUGACUGUUGGAGGAGCUACUGCCUUAGCUGCUGGAGUUUAUACCACUAGGGAAGGAGCGAGAGUAAUGUGGGGAUAUGUCAACAGAAUUCUUGGUCAGCCAUCUCUGAUUCGGGAAUCAUCUCUGGCAAAAUAUCCAUGGUCUGGAGUAGGUUCUCGAGUAGCCAAUAAGGUGCUAAGCUAUAGUACUGCAGCUGGCGCAGCAGCUACUCAACGUAAAUCUGCUGUUGGGGAUGUUGUCUUGCAUCCUUCAUUGCAGAAAAGAAUAGAGCACCUUGCUCGGGCUACAUCAAAUACGAAAAUCAAUCAGGCGCCAUUUCGAAACAUGCUCUUUUAUGGGCCUCCUGGUACUGGCAAAACCAUGGUUGCAAGGGAAAUAGCUAGAAAAUCGGGUCUGGAUUAUGCCAUGAUGACUGGUGGAGAUGUAGCACCCUUGGGUCCUCAAGCUGUUACAAAAAUACAUGACAUAUUUGAUUGGGCGAAAAAGUCAAAGAGAGGUUUACUCCUGUUUAUCGACGAGGCUGAUGCUUUCCUAUGCGAGCGUAACAGCACUUACAUGAGUGAAGCUCAGCGAAGUGCUCUGAACGCCUUGCUAUUCCGCACUGGUGACCAAUCUAGAGACAUUGCCCUUGUUCUUGCCACAAACAGGCCGGGGGAUCUUGAUAGUGCUGUGACAGAUCGCAUUGAUGAAGUUAUUGAGUUCCCAAUUCCCCGGGAGGAUGAGCGCUUCAAACUGUUGAAGCUUUACCUGACAAAGUAUCUAUGCGGUGAAGGUGAUAAAGAUUCAAGAUGUGGCAGAUUCAUUAAGAAUACGCCACAGAAGAUAACCGUGAAAGACCUAUCAGAUGAUGUAUUACGAGAAGCUGCCAGAAGGACUGAAGGCUUCUCAGGCCGUGAGAUUGCAAAACUGAUGGCAAGCGUUCAAGCAGCCGUGUAUGGAAGGCUCGACUGUGUUCUUGACUCGAUUCUGUUCCAUGAGAUUGUGGACUACAAAGUUGCGGAGCAUCACCAACGGAUAAAACUUGCAGCUGAGGCUUGAAGGGGUCAAGGCUUAGCCUAUGAGAUUAUUGGAAAAUUGAAUUGAUUUGGUUAAGUCCUCUUUUAAGCUAAUAAUAAAAUCUUGUUUUCAUUCCCUAAA